UCCUUUGAAUCCUUCUUGAUCACUCCACUCCAACCCAAAUUUUCUACUGCUUCCAACCCACCUCUCUCUUCUUAUAUUCCUUCGUCUAAGCGUUAGACUUUCGUUAUCUCCCUGCUGGGACGGCCUCUUGAUACUAUCACCAUCGUCAUCAUGGGUCGCACGACUGCUGCUUCGGAAAUCCCUCUCCCCAUUACCUAUACUCCUACUACCCACCGCAUUAGCAAGGCGAAGAAAGGAAAGCGUGUUCAUGCUUGCGAAUACCCCGGAUGUAACAAGGUCUUCACCCGAGCUGAACAUCGAAGGCGUCAUGAAUUAAACCACAACCCUGAGGCUCUUUUCCGCUGCACUCAGUCUGGGUGCAAGAAAGCCUUCCAUCGUCCAGACCUCCUUGCGCGACACAUGGAACGACAUGAACUUGAGGCUCAGAUGGACAACACCACCCAGUGGGAGCGCCAUACUCCUACUAGCAUCCCAUCAGAGCAAUACAUUUCUAGAUGCACCAUCGUAGACCCAAACCAACACCAUUAUCUAGCCAUGACUCAGCCCACGACCUCGAUCUCGCUGGGCCCGCUCAAGGCCUCUGUUAUUCACUCCGACCUUAGUAGCGACGGCUUGCUAUGGAACGGAAUGGAAAUGCCUUCGGAGCACCAGACCCGGAUUUAUCCCAGCCCUCACAUCCACGAAUCUGUGGAGGAUUCGCGCUUCUACUCCACCCCAGAGGCUUGCUCCUCUCCCUCCUCCGAUGGCACAGCACUCUCCGUACCUUCGUACCCCCGAUCUUCCGUUUCCUCAACUCCAGCGGGAGUCCUUGAUUCAUACCCUGACCCGAUUGUGGACUCGGAAUUAACAUCUUCGCCUGUCCCAAUGCAUUCAACGCUUCGCGGCUGGGACCAACCCGAGCACAUGUCCUCCAGCAUCUCAUCAAACAUGGUGCCCAUGCCAAUUCCCGAUAGCCUCAUCCAUCCGGCACUUCAGUAUCACACACCCUCAUGGUCCAUUCCCCACCACAUGGGCUAUGAUGACAGUUUCCUACCGCCUGUUACUUACCCAACCCCCAUGGCUUCCAAAUCGUGGUCUCUAUGAACUAGUCAGCAAAUAUGACCCAAUCAAUCGCGCCCUAACCUACAAACGCCGAUUAAAUGAAUGCAACAAAAUUCUGGGACAAAGCUCGAUUUCACCUGCGCCAAACCUGCACUGAACCGACAGUAACAAAUCCAAUAAAGAAAUUAUAAAAAGCAAGCAAAAAGAAUAAAAGAAAAAAAGAAAAGAAAAGAAAAAAAAAAAAAACAAAAAAAAACCCCACGAAGAUCAUGCUUACGACCUCUAUAUCAUUUCACCAAUCCUGGUUCGAAACCGCCGAGUGGGAGAAAGUUAC